AUGUCUACACAUAGUCCCAAGUUACAGAUAACCUCUCAAGGCACAACAAAGGACUUUGGCCUGAAGGAGGAAGAUCUGAAACAUGCCGCAAACAUGAAAGCCGAGUUUCCAAGGGCAACUUCGAAAGUUGAGGAGACAACUUACAGAUCUGAUAGUCCUGUUGAAAGCGAUGCAGAUGCAGAUGCAGAUCUAGAUGAUCAGGAUGAUGGAAAUAUACCGGACUUGUAUCCGGAUGGUGGCUGGAAAGCGUACAGUGUUGUUUUGGGCAGCUUUCUUUGCUGUGUCACAUCUUUCGGACUCAUGAACAGUCUAGGAGUAAUCGAGUCUUACGUACAAAGCCACCAACUCGAAACCUCGUCUGUGUCUAUUGUCUCGUGGAUAUUUUCGAUCUUCAUGUUCAUGUCUUUGUUUCUUGGUCUUUUUAUUGGGCCUAUGUACGAUGUUGUUGGCUCCCGCUGGCUUUUGCUUGCUGGAACUCUAUUUAUUUUUGUUGGUCUAAUGACGACUGCCUCCUGCACCAAAGUCUAUCAGUUCAUUCUCAGUUUUGGUGUUUGUGCAGGAAUAGGCGCCGCAUUAAUGAUGUUUCCGUCUGUUUCAACCGUUUCCAGCUGGUUCAGUAAGAAGAAGCGGUCUUUUGCAAUCGGAGUGGCCAUGUCUGGUGGUUCUGUUGGUGGAGUUCUCUUUCCUGUUAUGCUCAGAGCGUUGUUUCCUCGUUUUGGCUUUGUUUGGUCCAUCAGAAUUCUUGCGCUUCUUAACCUCGGCAUCUCAUCGGUGGGGUCUGUUUUGGCUUCGGAUAGAUUAAAGCAGAUUAGACUAAAGACGAAGGAUGUAGACAGCCGGACUUUCUGGGAUAAACUAAAAGAUUCGUUCGAUAUUAAGGCAUUUAAGGACAGAAACUUUGUAACGCUUUCAUGUGCCGUGUUCUUGAACGAGUUUGCACUUUUGAUUACUCUCACAUACAUCUCGUCUUACGCGAUGAUCCAAGGGGUCUCUCAAGCUGAGAGUUACCAAAUGUUGACCAUCUUGAACCUUGCCGGAAUCUUCGGUCGGUUCAUUCCAAACUACCUAGCGGACUACUAUGGCUCAUUCAAUAUGAUCAUCAUCAUGUCAGCACUGAACACGUUUUCCUUGUUUGUCAUUUGGCUACCGUUUGGCCAGUUUAAAGGGGCCCUCUACAUUUUUGUCGUAUUCUUUGGCUUUGGCUGUGCCGCUACAUACUCUUUAACCGGUGCCACGGUUAGUACUAUUACGCGUAAAACAAAGGACUUUGGAAAACGCUAUGGGACGGUCUACGCGUUCGUGUCGUUUGGAAAUUUGCUGUCUUUACCUGUUUCUGGUGCACUUAUCAAGCAGAAAACAGCCACCGACUACAGGAAGAUGGUCAUAUUUGCCGCCUGCACUUGUCUUGCCGCUACUAUCUUCUUCGUCCUCAGCAGAAUGAGCAUAGUUGGCAGAAAGCUCCGUACUGUGGUUUAG